CUGUGAUUCCGGGGUACUUUUCUACAAGAAUUUUUUUAAUUAUAGUAAACAUAAAAAAUGCCAGAAAUUUCUGAAAUUGUCGGCAGUGAUGAUGAAUAUCAAGAUGCUGUAAGCGAUGAGUCAUUAGCAAAUUCUCCCAGUACAAAUACUCCAACAUCGUCAGCACCAGGGGAAACUAAAAGUUCCAAUGCAGAAAUAGUUGAGGAAAUCAUAAAACAACAAACAAACUUAAAACUCGAUGAUGGUGAUAAAUCAGACAACAUUGCCAGUGGCAGUAAUACGGAAAAAACUGAGGAUGACACCCAACCUGAAUACAUACACGAUGAAAUUGAUGAAAAUUUGUUGGCGGAAAAAGAAAAAUCUAUGACGCCUGAAGAGUUGGAAGCUAACAAAGAAAAAGCCGAUAAAAUAAAAUUAGAAGCUAAUGAAUUAUUUAAAAACAAUCAAGCUGAAGAAGCUAUUGACAUGUAUACGGAAGCUUUAAAAAUAUGCCCCCUGAAAGCCUCCAAAGAAAGGGCUGUUUUGUUUGGCAACAGAGCUGCCGCUAAAAUAAAAUUGGAUUCGAAAAAAACUGCCAUUGAUGAUUGCAGUAAAGCUAUAGAAUUGUGGCCAGAAUAUAUUCGUGCUUUGUUAAGACGUGCUAAACUUUACGAACAUGAAGACAAGUUAGAUGAAGCAUUAGCUGAUUAUAAGCGUGUCUAUGAGUUGGAUCCUGGACAGAGUGAGGCACGUGAAGCUAUGGUUCGUUUACCUCCUAUUGUCGAAGAACGAAACGAACGUUUGAAAGCGGAAAUGCUUGAUAAAUUAAAAGAUUUGGGAAAUAUGAUAUUAAAACCAUUUGGUUUAUCGACAUCGAAUUUCCAAAUGCAAAAAGAUCCCAAUUCGGGUUCUUACUCAAUCAAUUUUAAUCAAAAUAACAGCUAGAUAAUUGUUAAAAAAAAUCACUACUACCUAUAAUUUUAUUUUAUGUUAAAGUAAAAACAAACAUGUAAAACUAAAAUACAUAGUUGUACAAUAAAAAGAAUGGUUAAUAUGGAUAGUUAAAAUAUAAUAAUGUAAAAGACUGAGGUCGGCCAAAAACUCACAAUUAAA